AUGGACUCUGUCAUCGACGACUUCAACAAAUCACUGGUAAUCGAUAGAACCAAUAACCCAGGAGCUAGCAAUCUUAAUAAUCCUUCUGCGCAAACCCAAGUGUUGGAAAACACCGAUCUUUUGCAAGAAAUAUUCUAUUGCCUACCCACUACGCUUCCGGAGUCCAGGACGUGGAAUAAGCAUCUUCUAUCGAUAUCUCUGACUUGUAAAGCAUUUCUGGAACCUGCCUUGAAUGUUUUGUGGGAAGAGCUGCCGCCCCACCGUUGGAUUCAUCUGAUAAGUCUUAUUUCGUCUGUAUCACUGCAGGGCAACAGACUUAUUGCAAACGAUGUCCUGUCGGAUCAGAGUCUUCAUAGGUUCGAUUAUUACGCGCAACGUAUUAAAAACAUUCACAUGACGACUUCUGCAUUUAAUGCGAUGUCAUUCGACAUCGCUUCCUGUAUCAUCGUAUCCCGACAAUUCAACGCUUUUCCAGCUCUGCGCUCUUUACGAUGGACGUGUGACGUGGUCCCAACUGAGCUGAAUGCCAGCUCCUUGGUUGUUUUAGCUUCACAACCACUCACCACUCUUUCUAUCCAAGAAGAGUGUGAUCCAGAACCCAGCAACAUGUUUUUCGUGUAUUCUCUUAUGACAAUCAUCUCCAUCAGAUCACCAGAUCUGACUCACCUUGACUUGCGAGGAGAGAUUGUUGAAUCAGCGGCUAAUUUACUCCCCAAAUUCGAGAGAAUCAAGCGACUAUCCCUUCUAGCACCUUACUGUCAAGAUGCCAAUAUAAUCAAGGAUAUCCUUUGGCAUACCAAUACACUAAAUGACCUGACAGAACUCGAUAUCAGCGUACUUUUUUGGAUGCAAAGGCCAACAGGAAUGACCAUAGAGCUGGCUGCUUUAAAAACGCUUGGAUUAUACGGCCCCUUGGCAUUCAUCGAUUAUUUCUUCAGCGUUGUAACGGCACCUCAGGUAACGCUCCUCGACAUAAUAAUUUCAACUUAUGAAACCAGGGGCCAGAGCGAAUCCUUUCGAUGGAUUGACCAAAUUGCGAUGCUAGCCCCCAGUGUGCAGUAUGUCAUAGCAAGUAGUGACCUCCAUGCCAUGGAAAAUAGCGAUAGCCCACAUAACCGUCACAAACUACCAUCAUCACUUUUUUUCGGGAUGUUGGCGUGCAAGCGGCUCGCUCAUAUCAAUGCAAGUCUGGUUCUGGAAGAAAAAGAUAUUUUAUCUCUCGUGAAUUCAGGAAAACAAUGGCCUCUGAUUAAAGAGAUUGACCUGCACGGCGAGGAAGGACGCCUUGGCGUGCUCCCUUGCCUUUUAUCCCAGAUCGAUUUGUUUGCAGAGGCUUUCCCAAAUCUCAAGAAGCUAUCGAUGGCUGUUUCCUUUAGGAUGGAGCCCUCCGAGAUUGAGCGCAUGCACGAGCGCAUCCGAGGGAAUCAUCCCUGUCACAAGCUAGAGUCCCUAACACUACGCAGCGCUGUGAAGCAACUAUCCCAAGAGGUUCACGCCCCGGAGUACAUUGAACGAUGCAAAGAGGAAUUCGGCCCUUUGACUGUUAACGAAAGUAUUGAGAAGGUAGCAAGCCAAUUUAUCGAUCACGUCUUCCCUCAUCUGCUUCAUUUCAGCAUCGAUGAGAUUUUCUACUUAGAUGAGGGAUUGCGUACAGCUCUUGAGUCCAUGGUCCGGGACAGGAUUAACGGAGCCAGAGAUCACAUUUGCCCACUGGCAACGUAG